AUGGCCGUCCAAGCCCAGGCGGCCGCCGAAGCGGCGCUUCUCCAAUCGCUGAAUUGCAACAACACAGUUCCAGUGGCGGAAUUGCUCGCCGCAGCUCGAUUUCUGCUCACGGACCUAGUCAAUAAGAUGCCUGAGGUCCAGCUUGGCCAGAAGAGUGAGUACUUAGAAGAAGAUGGAGACAGGGAUAGCGAUGGGGAUGGCAAGGGAGACAAAGAUGGAGAUUCGGAGGGAGGAGGAGAGGAGCACUCGGAGGAAGACAAUGUGGGCCGUGAAAACCCAAAUGAUGCGAACAGCAAUGAAGCUGCAGGAGGUGAUGAGGAUGAUGAUGGAGGCAAACCAGAUGGGGAAGAUGAGAAUGAAGGGGAAGAGCCUGAAGAUCAGGAUCCCAAUGACAACAAUGAACAAGAUGAUGACGAUGACGACGAUGAUGAUAGUGGUAAUGCUGAGGAUGAGGGGGAAGAGGAGGAAGAGGAUGAUGAAGAAGAGGUUGAAGACAUAAUUCAACCCCCAAAAAAGAGAAAGAAAUGAAUGAUCAAGUUUGACAUUUAGCUACUGUUAUUCACCUUGCUUUGUUCAGCUGUUUUAAGUCAUUAAUCUUGGAGAAUUAUCAUGUAAUGGACCAGAACAAACUUUGAUUUCUGAGAAUAUACAACCUCAUUUUGCUUUCUCA